AUGGAUACGAAACGGCCUGAAGACGCGUACGAGGACGAGAAGUCUGCACCCUCCACAGGUAGCGCAACGCACGGCCGGGCUUUCGACAAGGAUGCGGUGGAUACAGCUGCCGCGUUGACGGCCGGUGCGGACUUGAAUGUCGAUCCGGCAGCCGCCGCGAAGUUAAGGAGAAAGAUUGACCUUCACCUAAUGCCUCUGAUGUGCUUGAUGUACCUCAUGACUUUCGUGGACAAAACGACACUCGGUCAGAGCGCUACGCUGGGCAUCAUCAAAGGAGCGCAUCUUGACCAGAAUCAAUUCAACUGGCUGGGCACUGUCUUCUACAUCUCAUAUUUGGUCUUCCAGUACCCGCAAAACUGGGCUCUUCAGCGCUUCCCGGUUGCGAAGUGGAUGACGAUCAACGUCUUUCUGUGGGCAGUCAUUCUGCUGUGCCACGCAGCAUGCCACUCUUUCGGUGGAUUGCUGGCGGUCAGACUGCUUCUCGGCAUCUGUGAAGGCGCUAUCACCCCCGGCUUCCUUCUGGUCACUUCCAUGUUCUACACUCGUGAAGAGCAGACGCGACGAGUUGGUUAUUGGUUCCUCAUGAACGGUCUUGCGAUCAUUUUUCUGGGCUUCGUUGCCUUCGGACUCUUGCACACCAGUACCGGCGACUUCUUGCCCUGGCAAUGGCUUAUGAUUGUAACCGGGCUCAUCACGCUCGUCAUAUCGGCCCUCUUCUGGUUCUUAUUCCCCGACAGCCCCACAACUGCAUGGUUCUUGACACACGAGGAGAGGGUCCUAGCCGUACAGCGUCUCAGAGUCAACCAGACAGGUGUCGAAAACAAAACUUUCAAGCGCGCCCAGUUCGUCGAGGCGCUGAAGGAUCCAAAGACUUGGAUGCUAGCGCUGUUCUCCGCCCUAUUCAACCUCGUCAACUCCUUGACUAAUCAACGUCAAAUCAUCGUCAGCCAGUUCGGGUUUACCCCCAUUCAGACAACCCUCAUUGGCUGCGUUGAUGGCCUCGUUGAGAUCAUCGUGAUCGGUACAGCCGUGGUUCUCGCCUCAUACUGGCGCAAUGGGCGUGUCUGGACGUCACUCAUCUAUUUCGGCAUCGCCAUCCUUGGUGCCAUCCUAGUCACCACGCUCUCUAGCCACAAGCGUGUCGGACUCCUGUUCUCUUACUGGCUAUCCAUCAGCGCAUUCGCGCCCUUCACCAUCUUCCUGGCUUGGGUGAAUGUCAUCACGGCAGGUCACACAAAGAAGACGACGACAAAUGCUAUCGUCCUUGCCGCUUAUGGUCUGGGCAACGCAGUAGGCCCUCAGAUGUGGAAGGCUCGCUACCAGCCACGAAACGACGUUCCGUGGGGCAUCCUAGCAGGAUCCAUGUUCCUUUGCUGCAUCAUCAUGCUCGCUACCCGCCAGUACCUUGUUCGUGAGAACCGCCUACGCGCGGCAUCGGCAACGUCGCAAGACGAUCUACAGGAUGCAUACAUCCGUGAAGAGAAUCCGCAGGGUAUCACGGAGACGCGGCAUGUUGACAAGGCGUUCCUCGACCUCACCGAUAGGCAGAACAAAGAGUUCGUUUACGUUCUGUAG